AUGGUACUAUUCCUUUCAUCUCGUUCGGAUGUGGAAGCAAAUAAAUUAAAUGCAUCGAAUCCUUCUACUUGGCUUCAUUUUGUUGUAUCGAUACAUGCUUUUUUCGCUCUUAGCUUAUGUAUUUUCACAGUACUAGGCUAUGUUGCCAGUAUCAUUCCAAUGACUCUUGUUGUUCUCUUCAUCUUUCAAACAUUCAUGGCUAUUCUUGGCCUUACAGCAAUUGAACAAGAUCGUCAAGAUUAUCGUUCAUUAUAUAUAAAUGUAAAUGCUAUAACUACCGGAUCAGCUAUUAUUUGGUCAACUUUUCUCUUCAUAAAUAUGAAAAAGCAACCAAUAUAUGUGCCCAUUACAUUUCUUAUUAUUGCACUUUUCUCGUUUAUUGCAACAAUUCUAUUGAUAUUUUUCGCUGAUAAAAGAAUACCAAAAAUCUUUGAGAAGGUGAUAUGUCUGAAUCUAUCCCCUUUUGUUAAAUUAUUGUGUGGCACUAAAAGAAUGUUAAAGAAAGCAAACUUGAAAAAAAAUUAUGAGCAAUUGAAAGAAACAAAAGAAGUGAAUUCCAAUGAAUCACUUGAUGGCUCGAUAAGAUCCUUUGAAUCAAAAGCGCAACAACGUGACAGUUCAGAAAUGAAGACCGGUGUUAGUGUAACUGAAAGCGUGCAGCAACAUCAACCACAAAAUAUAUCAAUGAUAAGAAAUGAUGAUUACGCAAAAGGAUCAAGGAUAGCAGCUGGAGGAGAAAGAAAUGCUGUAGAAACCAUAAUUAAAGUUGACCAACCGGAAAAAACGUAUAAUGAAAGAAAGAACAGCGCUACACUAUCAUACGUAAGACAUCCAUUAGAGGGACAUUGUCUUGUGAUUGGUAGUAAUUGGCGUGAAUUUUAUUCAGUACCAAUCUUAAAUGCAUGCAAUGUUGCUCUAUGCUCAACUGGUCGAAUUGGUCGUAAUCGUUUGCGCAGAAGAUUACUCAUUAAAAAGUGUCGCAAUAAUGGCAAUUCAGUGUCGCUCAAAGGCAUCCUAGAAAUACGCGGCGGUUUUGAUUGCCGAUUAAAUUUCGGGCAAGAUUUGUCGGAAGUUGGGGUUGAAGUUGGACAGAUUGGGAUUAAAGUUGAAGUUAGAGUUAUUGUUCUUAAGUCGAAAUUAAAACUAUUGAAAGGUGAAGCUAAAUAA